AUGUUGAAGAAUAUCACUCUUGCAAUUGGCGAUGAAAUCCGAGACACCUCACACAUCACCGACCUCAACGAUUCAUUCGACAACACCCGAGUCCGACUCCGCGGGAAUAUGAACCGCAUGCUUCGCAUGGCCGAGAGCACCGGGAUCGGCUGGCGAGUCUGGCUCGGCUUCUUUUUCGCCGUCUUCCUCCUGUUCUUCUACGUGUGGAUAUUCUGA